GAAUCAAUCUGGAUAUAAUUUAAAAAAUUGCCCAGGGCUUUGUGUAGAUGAUGUGUAUCCAAAGCCAUACCAAAAAAUGAACGUUGGCAGAGCAUACAGGUUUUUUGGUGAAAAAACGGCUAUAGCAAUGGAGGCUUAUAGGGAAACUAAUAUUGACUUAAGUGAUUCUAAACCUACUGUUACUUUUAUACGACGUAUAAACAAUUUAAUCAAAUGCAUGGAUUCUCGUACAUCAAAUAAUGCACUGCACUAUAAUUCUUUUGAAUAUCAGGCUAUCAAGGAUUUUCAGCAAUAUUUAGAAAACUGGAACAAUGUUGCACGUGAAAAAGGUUAUUACUUCUUAACCGAUAGUACAUAUUAUGGAUUACAGAUUUCAUUAAAAACUACAAUAGAAGUUUUUGAUUAUCUGCGACUUAAAUGUGAUUAUCAGUUCCUUAUGACAUCUCGAUUAAAUCAAGAUAAUCUAGAAAGAUUUUUUUUCAAUGAUGAGAAGUUCCUGCGGUUCCAACGAUCAUCCUGAUUCAGUUCUAUUUAUGCAAAUAUUUAGGCUCAUCAGUACAUUCUCUUUGGUGAAGCCUCCCAAAGG